ACUUGGCAUGGCCUUCCUCAAGCCUAGCACGCUCCUAUCCUUCCAAUGGCUUUCUCCUCCACAUUAACCUUGGCUCCUCUAGCACUCGUUCUUCUCCUCCUUGGGAGCACCUCAGCCCAGCUCUCCACUAACUUCUAUGCAUCAUCUUGUCCCCAAGUCUUCAGCGCUGUGAAACCCGUCGUUCAGGCUGCAAUAGCGAAGGAGCAGCGCAUGGGUGCCUCUCUUCUUCGCCUCUUCUUCCAUGAUUGCUUUGUCCAAGGUUGCGAUGGAUCCAUACUAUUGGAUGACACACCCACUUUCAUGGGGGAGAAGACUGCAGUACCAAAUAACAACUCGGUGAGGGGUUUCGACGUGGUGGACAAUAUAAAGGCCGCAGUGGAGAAGGUUUGCCCCGGUGUUGUUUCGUGCGCUGAUAUCUUGGCCAUCACUUCGAGGGACUCGGUGGUCAUUCUUGGAGGACCAAACUGGGAUGUGAAGUUGGGGAGGAGGGAUUCAACGACAGCAAGCUUUUCUGGAGCUAACAACAACAUCCCUCCUCCUAACUCCAGCCUCAGCAAUCUCAUCUCUAAAUUUGCAGCUCAGGGUCUUUCCACAAAGGACAUGGUUGCUCUCUCUGGUGGCCACACCAUUGGGCAAGCACGGUGCCUCAACUUUAGAGCCCACAUAUACAAUGACACCGAUAUAGAUAGUUCCUUUGCCAAGACAAGGCAGAUGAAUUGCCCGAGCACCUCCGGCUCCGGUGACAACAACUUGGCACCUCUAGAUCUCCAGACUCCGACAUGCUUCGACAACGAUUAUUAUAAGAAUCUCAUCAACAAGAAGGGCCUCCUCCACUCAGACCAAGAGCUGUUCAAUGGUGGAUCCACCGACUCCCAAGUUAUGACUUACAGCAAUAACCCUAGCACGUUCAACUCUGACUUUGUCACCGGCAUGAUCAACAUGGGAGAUAUUACCCCCCUCACAGGAAGCAGUGGUCAGAUUAGGAAGAAUUGCAGGAAGGUUAACUAAGGGGGACCAGUGGCACUUAUGAAUGGUUAUACCACCUAUAUUAGAAAAUGAUAGCAGGAAAGGCGUUUAAAGUCAUGAGAUUGGCUCUAUUUUUUAUUUGAAAACUACUGUUGUAUUUCAUAUCUUUGUGUUUGCUUUCGUCUAUCGUGUAUUAAAAGUUCCACUUUGUUGGUCAGGUGUGUAUUAAGACACUGGUUAUCGAAGCAUAAGAUAUUGAUUGUUGAGUUAUAAAAAUUAAUCAAAGUUAUUACUAGUCUCGAUGUCU